GAGCACUCCUGACGCUGAUGCAUGACCCCCCACGGCACCAUCCUGCACCAGACCCUUGACUUUGACGAGUUCAUCCCACCCAUCCCUCCACCACCCUACUACCCCCCAGAGUACACCUGCACCCCGGUGAUGGACGGACAGAGGUAUCGCAACACAACAUCACACAACAAAACAGAACAAACACAACAUACCACAACACAACACCUGGACCCCGGUGAUGGGCGAACAGAGGUACCACAGCAAAGCAACAAAACGCAACACCUGCACCUCGGUGAUAGACGUACAGAUGUACUGGCUGCAGCACAACACUCUGACCUCCUAACAACCUCCCACCAGACAGAGUGUUGGCUGACCAACAUAGCCCUCUCCUCUACAGCUGGUUUACAACAUUACAGUGAUGCCUGUUUGAAUGACUGGCUGUAGCAUCUCCUUUGGCACCUGUCACAUUGGGUUUGAUAUAGACUCGCGUUGCCAUACCGCCAAAAUCAUGUCAUUGUCAUGCCUGGAGAAUUUUGUAUUGCAAAAACGGUUAGAUUUUGAUUGGCUGUUACAUUUCAAGAACCCUCCCCCCACACACCCGUAGUGCACUUUUUCAAAUGAUCAAGUGUGGCCGACAGGCUGCGAUUUAUAUUUGUUGAAAUUGAAAGUGGAGUACGCUGGUUAAGUCAAACGUCACAACACGUUCUAAACUGCUCUGUCGACAAACACACUUUUUACCUUGUCUCCAUUCGUCCAUAUGGCUGCUGGCUGCGCUUUGCUACAACCGAAAAAUCUUGCCCAUUAUUAUUAAAGAUAAGGGCUGAAAAAACGGAGGCAGUGGGAGAACCUAUUGAAGUAAGUAAAUAUAUUUUUAAAUGUUAAAAAACUAUGUAUUACACUACUAGUAGGCCACUGUAGGCUAACUCAACUGAGCUGCUAGGUAGCAAGCUAACUUUACACACUGUUUAGCUAAGUGAAUUCAAUGUCAUCAUCUAGCUAACUUUCUAUUAGCUAACUACAGUAUCUUGAUGUAAUCAUUGUAAAUUAAAAACAGUCUCCAAAUGCAUUUGUAGAUAACAGCCAUGGAAGAGGCUGAAAUUGCAGCUCCAGCUUUCAGUAAAGGGAGAGUAUAGGCUACUGGACAGGGCAGGUAACCUUGUGGGAGAACAUUAUGAAAAGAUUAUCCAGUUCCAGUCCAAAGAGGGAAAAACUUUGAGGACAGAGAGAUAAUAGCAACAUAAUGUUCAGUGCUGACUAAUUUCAGUAUAAAGAAGCCUGUUUCUUUGUGAUGUUUUCUGUCCUCAGAUAUGGAAAGCUGUGAAAGCCUGUCUGCAGAUGAAGAGAGAGGUCUAAUGAAUGUCCCAAGAGACUAAUCGUGCAUUUCCAUACAGGAUUUAUCCCAGUGUUUUACCUAAAAGGCUCAGACUUUUCUGUUUCCAUCCACGUGGGCCGGCACCUGUGUCUGGGCCAUGGCUCUGGUGGACCUGCUCUCACUUGGGGCCAAAGCCAGGCCACUGGUACUUUUCAGCCUACAUUUACAAAACAAUGGCUAUCGUUAACACCUUCUCACACAGCAAUUGUGUAUACCAGCGGUAUUUUUGUAAACAACAUGUGCUAACAUAGGUAGGCCUACCUAUAUCACAUGGGUUAUUUAUGUGUAGGCCUACCUAUGUUAGCACAUGUAUACAAAAAACACAGUUAAACAUCACACACAAUGUAUAAACCUAUUACAAUUGGACCAGGCCAGCCCUGCUGGAGGUCUGCUAGGUGUGCAGGGUUCUGUUUCAGUCCAGCAAAAACACACCUGAUUCAACUUAUCAAACCUAAUGAGUUUAUAAUCAAGUGUGCUAUUGCUGGGCUGGAACAGAAGUCUGCUUACCCAGUAGAUCAGGGAUCAGUGGAGCAAGGUUGGUCACCGCUGGUAUGGAGUAUUUUGUUCACCUGAAAUUGUGAUUUAGUAAUAAUAGCCUACUUGUUACUACCACUCAAUGUUCUAUUGUUGUUUAGACUAAGAUGUCUAAUCUUUACAUACGAGUUAGCUUAUUUGUAUAUUUUUGUAGUGAUGAACAUUGACAUUGACACUAGUUCAUUUUGAAUAAUAGUUUAACAAUUUAAACAAGUUGAUGUUUAAAUUGUUAAACUAUUAUUCAAAAUGAACUAGUGUCAGUGUUGAUUAAUCACAAUCCUGCAAUAAAGAAGAGAAGGGGUUCUGUCUCUAAUGUGUCUGUUUCUGUGUUGUAUUCUCAAAUGAACAUUUCCUUUUUGUCUAGUUGUAAGAUCUCCAAUCUAUUUUAUUUUAUUGUCUCAGUAUAUCAGCUAUCUGAAUCCAUUUUGCAGCUUAUCAUAUGGCAUGCAUCACUGGCCUUAUGGGGAUCUGUCAUCUGAAGCAGAGAAUAGCUAAACUCUCACAUUGUUUACAUGUUGAGCUAUACAGUGCAUUCGGAAAGUAUUCAGAAAGUAUUCAGACCCCUUCUCUUUUUCCACAUUUUGUUACGUUACAGCCUUAUUCUAAAAUGGACUAAAUAAAUUGUUUUCCUCAUCAAUCUACACACAAUACCCCAUAAUGACAAAGCAAAGCAGGUUUUUAGAAUUAUUUGCAAAUGUAUUAAAAAUAAAAAACAGAAAUACCUUAUAUACAUAAGUAUUCAGACCCUUUGCUAUGAGACUCGAAAUUGAGCUCAGGUGCAUCCUAUUUCCAUUGAUCAUCCUUGAGAUGUUCCUAUAACUUGGAGUCUACCUGUGGUAAAUUCAAUUGAUUGGACAUGAUUUGGAAAGGCACACACCUGGGGAAGGGUACCAACACAUUUCUGCAUCAUUGAAGGUCCCCAAGAACACAGUGGCCUCAUCAUUCUUAAAUGGAAGGAGUUUGGAACCACCAAGACUCUUCCUAGAGCUGGCUGCCCGGCCAAACUGAGCAAUCGAGGGUGAAGGGCCUUGGUCAGGGAGGUGACCAAGAACCCAAUGGUAACUCUGACAGAGCUCUAGAGUUCCUCUGUGGAGAUGGGAGAACCUUCCAGAAGGACAACGAUCUCUGCAGCACUCCACCAAUCAGGCCUUUAUGGUAGAGUGGCCAGACGGAAGACACUCCUCAGUGAAAGGCCCAUGACAGCCCACUUUGAGUUUGCCAAAAGGCACUUAAAGGACUCUCAGACCAUGAGAAACAAGAUUCUCUGGUCUUAUGAAACCAAGAUUGAACUCUUUGGCCUGAAUGCCAAGCGUCAUGUCUGGAGGAAACCUGGCACCAUCCCUACGGUGAAGACUAGCCAGGAUCGAGGGAAAGAUUAACGGAGCAAAGUACAGAGAAAUCCUUGAUGAAAACCUGCUCCAGAGCGCUCAGGACCUCAGACUGGGGCAAAGGUUCACCUUCCAACAGGACAACGAUCCUAAGCACACAGCCAAGACAAUGCAGGAGUGGCUUUGGGACAAAUCUCUGAAUGUCCUUGAGUGGCGCUCCGGUACCGCUUGGCGUGCGGUAACAGAGAGAACAGUCUAUGAUUUGGGUGACUGGAGUCUUUGACAAUUUUUUGGGCCUUCCUCUGACACCGCCUAGUAUAUGGGUCCUGGAUGGCAGGAAGCUUGGACCCAGUGAUGUACUGGGCCAUACACACUACCCUCGGUAGCGCCUUACGGUCAGAUGCCAAGCAGUUGCCAUACCAAGCGGUGAUGCAACUGGUCAGGAUGCUCUCGAUGGUGCAGCUGUAUAACUUUUUGAGGAUCUGGGGACCCAUGCCAAAUCUUUUCAAUGUCCUGAGGGGGAAAAGGUGUUGUCGUGCCCUCUUCACGACUGUCUUGGUGUGUUUGGACCAUGAUAGUUUGUUGGUGAUGUGGACACCAAGGAACUUGAAACUCUCGACCGCUCCACUGCAGCCCCGUCGAUGUUAAUGGGGGCCUGGUUGGCCCUCCUUUUCCUGUAGUCCACGAUCAGCUCCUUUGUCUUGCUCUCAUUGAGGGAGAGGUUGUUGUCCUGGCACCACACUGCCAGGUCUCUGACCUCCUCCCUAUAGGCUGUCUCAUCGUUGUCGGUGAUCAGGCCUAAAUAUGUAUUCUGUGGAGCCCUUGGUCCAAGCCACUCACAAUGCUCAGUACAGAUGUUGUAGUGCUUUGUUAAGGAGCACUGGUAACAUCCAUGGCCUUGUGCAAAUGUGCCAUUGAUCUCCUUCCCCUUGGUAUAAGAGAGUCAGUCCUAUUCCCACAUCUUAUAAAGCAUGCUGAUCCAGCUGCUUGGCUAGAUGCCAUGUGUUGUUGUCAAUUAGGCUGUAAAUAGAAACAUGUAGAGGAAGCCAUUAUUGAGUCCCCUAGCUGAGGGCAGAAACAUGUCAUGACAUCAUCAUGUGCUGGAUGAUUGAUUCCGACACUCAAGUUGUAUUUUAUACUUUGCCACUUCACAGGAGAAUGGGUUUUAAUUAAAAAAAGAUGUCUCUUGCAUGGGUGAAAUAUCUUUAAUUAACGACACAUGAAAAGCAAUAAACAGUUUUGUUAGUGUUUCUCAACCAAUUGAAUGUGUGUGUUCACUCUAAAUUGAAGUGUUGCUGUCACGUUUCAGACAGACGACCAGAGGACCACAAUUGCGUCACACCAGAAAGUUUAUUAAAACUUAAGGGAAAAGGGAAGUAGGGAGUGAGUGAAGGCUCCAGGGGUAACAGGGAUCCCGUCCAAUGUGCUGGGUCUGUGCCCCCCCCAGUGGCAGCGAUGCGUCCUAUGACGCCGGUGGUGGGUGGUCCAGAAGUCCUGGGGGGGGGAAACACAGACACAACGGGGCGGAUGAAACAAGGCAGCAGUACAGUUCAAGGGAAAUCCAAAUACGUUGUAGCAAGGCAGAAGGCUGGUCAGAGUUACCGGGAUUGAAGAGUAGUCAGGAGUCGUUAUGGCAGAAAGCAGGUCUGGUUUUCCUGGGGCAGAAGAGUAUCCAAGAAUCAGGCAGGUCCGGGGUCACAAAACAAGGGUGAGCCAGAAGCGUGAGCAAACAGGUUCCGGGUGUGAGCUUUGCAGACGAUCUGACAAAGGAGAGCUGAAAGACAGGGCUUUAAAUACUGGGAGAGGUUAGUGGGUAAUGCAGCGCAGCUGGCAGAGUAAUUAGAGCAGAGCAGAGCAGGGACAGGUGGAGCUAGUUAGGCUGAGUAGAGAGAGUGGAAGAUAGUGGAAACAAAUAAAGGUGGUAACCCGGUGGAGUGAGAGGGCUCAUGACAGUUGCUGGAUUGAGGAAUAAGAGGAUAUUUGUAUUCUUUCUCUCCUCACACCUUUCCUCCCUCCUGUUUCUCUCAUUCAGAAGUCUACAUCUGGACUUCCCACACUCCCCGUUCAGUGCCAUCUAUGGAGUGCCCAUCAACAGCCCUGGGACCCUCUACCCCUCUGAGUUGCCCCCAUCAUAUGAGUCUGUGGUGGGGCUGGGGAUGGGGCAGACCCCUGCCAGUCAGGUGAGUACCACUACCAUCCUUCCCUCAUAAAAGACCAGUGUACUAGCCAGCCUCUUCUAACAUUAUACAUUCCCUAUUCACAGUCUGAGAAUAGUUUAGAACCCCUCUCACUGUUGAAUACUUUCCUGUUUACAUGCACAUUGUAAGAACACAACUACAAAGGAGAGUGCUAAGAAAGGCAUUUUGACUUCAGAAGAAGUUGUUGUAUGAGAUCACAAAGAGAGAAGGAGAAGUACAUAGAGAGAAGCUAGCUAGUUAGAGACUAGCUAGUUUCUAUUUGGGUUGAUGAUUAGUGAGGUGAGAGGAUGUUAUGCUCCUCUCGCUCUGUGUGUAAAUGACUGCCACAGGCUCUAAUAAGGGAUAAAUAAUAGAGAUUUGUGACAUUUCCUUCUGCAGAUCACCCAAUUCACUGCUGACUUCAUAAGGCCUCCUGUAAGACAGCAGCACACACAUACAGUGCAUUCGGAAAGUAUUCAGACCCCUUGACUUUUUCCACAUUUUGUUACGUUACAGCAUUAUUCUAAAAUUGAUGAAAUAGUUUUUUUCCCUCAUCAAUCUAAACACAAUACCCCAAAGCAAAAACAGGUUUUUAGAUAUUUUAGCUGAAAACUGAAAUAUCACAUUUACAUAAGUAUUCAGACCCUUUACUCAGUACUUUGUUGAAGCACCUUUGGCAGCGAUUACAGCCUCGAGUCUGCUUGGGUAUGACGCUACAAGCUUCGCACACCUAUAUUUGGGGUGUUUCUCCCAUUCUUCUCUGCAGAUCCUCUCAAGCUCUGUCAGGUUGGAUGGGGAGCGUCGCUGCACAGCUAUUUUCAGGUCUCUCCAGAGAUGUUCAAUCGGGUUCAAGUCCGGGCUCUGGCUGGGCCACUCAAAGUCAUUCAGAGACUUGUCCCGAAGCCACUCCUGCGUUGUCUUGGCUGUGUGUUUAGGGUCGUUGUCCUGUUGGAAGGUGAACCUUCGCCCCAGUCUGAGGUCCUGAGCGCUCUGGAGCAGGUUUUCAUCAAGGAUCUCUCUGUACUUUGCUCCGUUCAUCUUUCCCUCGAUCCUGACUAGUCUCCCAGUCUCUGCCACUGAAAAACAUCCCCACAGCAUGAUGCUGCCACCACCAUGCUUCACCGUAGGGAUGGUGCCAGGUUUCCUCCAGACGGGACGCUUGGCAUUCAGGCCAAAGAGUUCAAUCUUGGUUUUAUCAGACCAGAGAAUCUUGUUUCUCAUGGUCUGAGAGUCCUUUAGGUGCCUUUUGGCAAACUCCAAGUGGGCAGUCAUGUGCCUUUUACUGAGGAGUGGCUUCCGUCAGGCCACUCUACCAUAAAGGCCUGAUUGGUGGAGUGCUGCAGAGAUGGUUGUCCUUCUGGAAGGUUCUCCCAUCUCCACAGAGGAACUCUGGAGCUCUGUCAGAGUGACCAUCGGGUUCUUGGUCACCUCCCUGACCAAGGCCCUUCUCUCCCGAUUGCUUAGUUUGGCCGGGCCACCAGCUCUAGGAAGAGUCUUGGUGGUUCCAAACUUCUUCCAUUUAAGAAUGAUGGAGGCCACUGUUGUUCUUGGGGACCUUCAAUGCUGCAGAAAUGUUUUGGUUCCCUUCCCCAGAUCUGUGCCUCGACACAAUCCUGUCUCUGAGCUUUACAGACAAUUCCUUUGACCUCAUGGCUUGGUUUUUGCUCUGACAUGCACUGUCAAAUGUUGGACCUUAUAUAGACAGGUGUAUGCCUUUCCAAAUCAUGACCAAUCAAUUGAAUUUACAACAGGUGGACUCUAAUCAAGUUGAAAAAACAUCUCAAGGAUGAUCAAUGGAAACAGGAUGCACCUGAGCUCAAUUUUGAGUCUCAUAGCAAAGGGUCUGAAUACUUAUGUAAAUAAGGUAUUUUUGUUUUUAUUUUUAAUACAUUUGCUAAAAUUUCUAAAAACCUGUUGUCACUUUGUCAUUAUGGGGUAUUGUGUGUAGAUUGAUGAGCAAAACAAUUUAUUUAGUCCAUUUUAGAAUAAGGCUGUAACCUAACAAAAUGUGGAAAAAGUCAAGGGGUCUGAAUACUUUCCGAAUGCACUAUAGGUGUGAUGGAAAAAGUAUAUUUUAGAUGAGAUACAGAAGGCACAUCUUGUCUGCUAGAACAUCAGAGCAGGUAUAGAUUUCAGUUUGAUGAGUUUAAUGUAACAUCCUGUUUUUCCUGAACUCAGUCUUGGAGGUACUAUUGUUGUCCACCUGGAGAAAAUGGGAGUUGUCACUUCUUCAAGGAAUAUAGUUGGUUUCCUGUUUUAAUGCAGCUGGGUCGUUCCACCAAUUCGGUGCAUUCGAGAAGUGUAACUUGGUAAAAAAACUAACAUUUGAUUUCAUCUCAUUUUAAUAUUGUCAUAAAGAGCACAUGUUCAACUUUUCCCAUCUCUUGAGGUACAUUUUUUAAAAAGACUAUAGUAAUUGCCUAUUAAGUGCCAAAUAAAGUAACAGGGUUGACUGUAACAGGGUUGACGAUUUCAUCUUAAAUCAGCCAUACAUCCCCUUGUGACAGGGGGAAUGGAAGCUUGUUGUGUGCAACAGGGAGUGGCAAUUGAAUGCAAGCUUAACAAAAAAAUGCAAAAUAUAUUAUUUGCUCUAAAAUAUAAUACCAAAAGGCUUCCCCCCAUCUUUUAGAGCUCUUCACACAGAUCUUCUGAAAAUGAUCUUCUAACAAAGAAUCUGUGAAUGAGGUCAAAUCAGUAUAGCGUUUUCUCACCUGAAGUACAUGCCUUUGAAGUGUUGAUGCAGGGAGAGCACCUGAGGGGACUGGUUGCUGUUAGAUGUAUGCCUCAUAGGGGUGCAGCUGCAAUCGGAGGGAUCUAGAUUCCACUCUCGUCGCUCACCUAGCAGGUUGACUAGAAUAGAGGCAUGGACCCGAAAUGAUCAGUUUGUACAGGUGACUGCAGCUUAUGAACGGUAAGACUGAGGCUUUGUAUUGGAACAUACUGUAUAUUACAUGCUUCUAAGACCCUGAUUAUCCUUUUUCAUAUUCACUGCUAUGAUUUAGAAAUACUCAUCAUGAUGGGAUGAGUAAGCAAGCACACAUAACACAUAACAUAAUAAGCAUACAAUUAUCUAAGAAAACCACAUUAUAGUGACAGUUCACCACCUCUAAAAUCCCAAUGGAAUUCCUGAUGUAGAGUGGAUGAUGUGUGCUUGGAGAGCCCUCUACUGGCCAUAGUGUGGUAAUGAGCACAUGGUUGCCAGAUGUGUCGGGAAGAAGCAGAGGCCUCUAACAGAUGUCCUCCAAAAGGAUUCUCCGCCUCUCCCACCUGUUCCUCAUCUUUAAUAUGGGUUUCACUAAUGGCAGAAUUAUUUGGUUCCCUCACUCACUAUCCCUUUGGAAAUGUGUCUCCUUUGUUAACUGUAAGAACUAAUAAUGUAUGUGUGUGUGUGUGUCCAUUUGCUCCUCUCUGCAGGUCACUACCAGCAUUGAUCAGCAGGCCACUGAGUCCAGCCUCUGUGAGAGAAACACCACAGCUGGUCUCAGUACUCAGGGUAAGGAAGGCUUAAUCACUAUCACUACAGCCAUCCCUCACACCACAUUGACUGUGUGUGUGAACAGGCUGGUGUAUCUCAUCCAUAAGGUUGAGCCAUGUUUGAUAUCUAUGCCUGUACUGUAGUUUGGUCUGUGCAGCUGAUGCUUGUGCUCUCCUGUGUCCUGUCCUAGCCUCUGUGGACAGUGCCUCUCUAAUGGUAUCAGAGGAGGUGGCAGAAAUUCCAGACCACAGUUGCUCCUCAGAGGAUCUCUGUUCCCUGGAGGUGCAGGGCUCUGACUCCUCUCCCUACGGCACGCUGCACACCGCCCCGACUGAUGGCAGCUGUAUCAGUCUAGAGCUCAGUGCCCGCUUCUCCCACCGCCACCAUGGCCCGGCCCGGCUCGACGACACUGGCUACAGCGAUUCCUCCCACAACCAGGACUCCAUUCCCCGCUCUCCAAACUGGUCCAUAGAGAACAUCAACACACUGGAGCAUGAGGAGCCCAAGGGAGGAGCAACGCUACACACACACCUCAGAGAACGAGCCAGUAGGAAGCAGCUGAUUCUUCAUGUUCCUCCAACUCCUCCCUCCCUGCCCUCUGCCUCCACCUCUGCAUCCACAGCCUCCGUAGAGGCAGCCUCAGCAGCCCAGAGCCUCCCUGCCUGCCCCUCCCCGUCCCCCCCUGCCCGGCCCCGUGGCUCCCGGCUGUGCUUCAGUGUGUGGUCCCCAUCCUCCUCUUCCUCCUCCCCGGCCUCACAGCCCCCUUCUACCUCUGCGCCCGCAGAGCGACCCCGCAUGCUCCGGUCUGGCAGGCGGUAUCUCAAGCUGGCUCGCAUCGUACGCUCCACCAGUGACCCUAUCUCCUGUACCUCCAUAUCUGGAAGUACGUUAGUUGCUCCUGUGUCGGCACGGCACUGCUCCUCAUGGGUUGUUGCACUAACAUGUUGGUUAGGAAAGAUUAUGUCAUUACUGUUGAGAUGAACAGGGUUAAUCAGACCACACUUGCCACUGUGACUGUAGUGAUAAGUGAUACAAUUAUAGGUAACUAGCAUCACUUAAUUUAGUGAAAUGCAAAUAAUAUACUUUAGCAUGAGUACUUGUUCACCAUAAAGUUAACAUCUCCCUCUGCAGGUGACAGCUGUGGCUGCCCCUCUGCAAGCAACCCUCCUCCUGAAGAUUCUCCUCAGACUUCACCAGAGCAAGGUAACGCCCACCACACCAGAGCCUUUACCACCUCUCAACGAUGUAUGCCUUUCACAUUUCCCCACCAGAUCACUCCCCACCUAACCUGGCAGUCUACACGUACCUCUGGCGAAAACACCCAUUUAGAACAGCAACUCGUAGGAGAAAAUAGCGUUCACCUACAGAAUGUGCAAAUGUGUUGAAUGUGUUGAGUCCCGCCUGAUUGGAUGUUGUUGUCUGUUUGUGUCUUCGGUAUGUUCAGAGUCUACAGAGGUGGCAGCUCCUCUCCACACCGCUGCCAAAGUCAGCACCUGCAGUGGCAGGAAGCAGAAGGAGGGGAAGAAAGUGGACAUCCGCCUCAAACCGCGAGCCCUGCACACGGUCUCCAAUGAGCGCCCACACUCUCUGGCUGACCUCAAGACGUAUAAAGACACCAAAAUCCUGGUGGCCAAAUUCCUGGAGCACUCCAACUGUAGUUUACCUCCAGAAGUCCAGCAGGUGGUCAACAGCAUCAAGUAUGUCAUCAAGUCUGACGAGAGACACAUGGAGGAAGCUAUAUUCAGUGCCAAUGUCAUAGAUCAGGUAUGUCUAUCGAUGGGCAUGAGUAUGAAUGCAUAUAGAAAAAUAAGCUGGUCUGAUAACUUAAUGAAACCAUUGUUGGAUAAUUCUGGUCUAAAUUGUUGGUCAGUUAUAUUUAUGGAUUUGUUUGUUUGUGUCUGUUACUUUGCACAGGUGAUGACACAGUCACAGCGCAUCAUCGGCAGCCCAAGGAAGCGUGCCCAUGAAGACCUGCACCUCCAAAGCUGUGGGGCCUUGAGUUCCCCUUCCUCAUCCCUGCGCCGUCCACCUACAGCACCAGGGCCUCCCAACCCCCCUGCUCCCCUGGACUCCUCUCCCUCACCCUCUGAACGCACUCAAAGCCUUUUGUGUAGAGAGACCAUCCUUUGACCGCCUUCCCUCCCCACCAAGGACUCAACCCCUAUCUCUAUCUCAUAGUGCCCUGUGAGACCGUGCCAAGACAUCAGCAGAAACAGACUUAGCAAGUCAUGUCUGGAUUGGAUUGGCUUCUGUUCUCUCUCAUAUCAAAAACACCAGAAUGUUCUCUUCUCCCUCAGGGGAUUUUUUAACAGUCUAAACCCUGUAAAAUACACUUGUAAGCCAACUAAAUGGAGAUGUCAUGAUGAAAAACCAGUGCUCUACUUUAUCAAAAGGAAAAAAACAACUUUGUAUUAAAACUGUGAACUGGACAGACUUGGGAUGGUACUAGCUCCUGCAGACUUUGUGGAUUCUAACUCUGAUUGGCUGUGUGCCACUGUGUGCCACUGCAGGACAGAGAACUUUACAGAAGUGGAUUAUUUAACUUACCUCAAUGUGUUACCACUCUUAUCAGUGUUACAAUAAAAUAUGAC